AUCGCCACCCCCGAUAACACCGACAACAGCAAUAAAAACACAAUCUUAAAACGCACCCCAGCACUGAACUAUAUAGGCUGUUACUCCACGAGUGAAAACCUCUCAAAUCGCACAUCCCACCUCUAUCAGAGUUUCGGAUGGUGCCUGACACAAUGUCGGAAGAAUAAUGCCGCCACUUUCGCUCUGAAAGGGUAUGAAUGUCUUUGUGGAAAUGCUCUGCCGCCGUCUGAGGAUAUGGUUCCGAAGAGAAGAUGUGGCACUGUUUGUCCGGGUUGGGUAGAGGAUACAUGUGGUGGUAAUGACCUCUAUUCAGUAUAUACAACCGGUCUACCCGGCAAAGAUGGCGUCGCAGUUGAUGCGAACUCAGCUUCGAAUUCAACUUCCAGUUCCACUUCGACGUCGGAGUCAACUUCAACCUCGACUUCAAGUGCUGAAACAGCCUCGUCAGCUGAUAACAAUACCCCCGCCAGUGACUAUAUCGCAGACGACACGCAGAACAGCAACAAUAACAUUAACAGCAAUACCGGCCUCAUCGUCGGUGUCGUCAUCGGAGCGUGUGGAGGUGCAGCGGUUGUGAUUGGCGCUCUGUUUUUCUGGAGAUGGCGAACCAGGAAACAGGAAGCUCAGAAGACUGGAGUUGAUAGUGCCGGUGAUUACUGUGGUGAUUUCGGCCACGAGGUCUCGAGGGCCGAUUCUCGGUUUGAUGGGGAUCAUUUGGCUGAGUGUCGCAAAACUAAUGGGAGUAUUGAUGACUUGGGUGAUUAUUCGAGGAGGAUUUUGAAGGUUACCAACCCUGAUCGAUGA